UGUUCAAUCUGCAGCAACAUGUUCAAGGCCAGGGCCAAUGACAUCAAGAAGGAAGUGGUUCGCUUGGAGCGUGAAUCCGUUAUUCCCACUCUCAAGCCUAAAAUCAUCAUGACUUUGUCCAAUCUCAUUCAACAUAGUACAGAUCGGGCUGAGUUUGUGAAGUUCUGCAAGCGAGUCGAGUACACGGUUCGAGCUUGGUAUCUUCUUCAGUUUGAGGAUUUGAUGCAAUUAUUCUCCCUCUUCGACCCUGUACAUGGGGCUCAAAAGUUGCAGCAGCAGAAUUUAACUCCUGCUGAAAUUGAUCUACUUGAGCAGAAUUUCUUGACAUAUUUAUUUCAGGUUAUGGAAAAGAGCAAUUUUAAGAUAGUUUCAGACGAUGAGAUUGAUCUUGCCACUGCUGGCCAAUAUCUUCUUAAUCUCCCCAUAACAGUUGAUGAAACAAAGAUUGACAAUACACUUCUAAGGAAAUAUUUUGCUGAUCAUCCCCGAGAUAACCUUCCAGAUUUUGCUGAUAAGUACAUCAUCUUCAGACGUGGGAUCGGAAUUGAUCGAACAACUAAUUUUUUCUACAUGGAGAAGGUAGACAUAAUCCUUGCACAGCUUUGGGCACUUCUUAUGAAGAAAACUCGGUUGGGCAACAUUUUCUGCAGAAAAUCAAGAAGGGCGCAUAAGGAAAUGCCAAAGAAGGAUGAGGACCUUAGUGAAGAAUUCUAUGUCGAGCGCAUCGGUCUCGAUAAAAUGGAACUAAGCAUUCGGAACUUGAUCACCAAGACUACGAUUCAGGAACCGACGUUCGAGAGGAUAAUUGUUGUUUACAGGAAAUCGAGUCAAGGACAGGAAAAGGAUCGGGGCAUACAUGUAAAGCAUUUCAAACAUAUUCCUAUGGCAGAUCUGGAAAUAGUCCUUCCUGAAAAGAAGAAUCCUGGAUUAACUCCUAUGGAUUGGGUCACAUUCAUUGCCUCUGCUGUAGUGGGGCUGGUUGCAGUGAUCACUUCUCUUGAAACGCCUAAAGCUGAUCUGUGGGUCAUUUUUGCUAUUCUGUCAACAGUGGUUGGUUACUGUGCGAAGACUUACUUAACGUUCGAAGCGAACAUGGCUGCAUAUCAGAACCUAAUAACACAGUCCAUGUACGAAAAGCAACUCGACAGCGGAAGGGGAACUUUGCUUCACUUGUGUGAUGAUGUGAUCCAACAGGAAGUGAAAGAGGUGAUCAUUGCAUUCUUUAUACUAAUGGAGCAAGGCAAAGCCACCGCCAAGGAAUUGGAUCAGAGGUGUGAGGAACUACUAAAAGAGGAGUUUGGCGAGAGCUGUAACUUUGAUGUGGAUGAUGCACUUGCAAAGCUACAGAACUUGAAAGUUCUUACUAAGGAUCAUACUGGGAAAUAUGCCUGUGUGGGAUUAGCGCGUGCUAAUGAUAUAAUUGGUGUGACCACUGAAGAAGUAGUGCUCAAGGCAAGACAGGGUGCCAUGUCAUCUUGA